AUGACGAAUUUUGCGACAGUGUCGCAAGCUUGCGGGAUACGGUAUCGUUCCACCGAUCAGCAUCGCGACUUCGUGGGCGGCGUUGGGAAAUUGCUACGACGGCAAAGGCAAUGGGCGUACGAAUACAAUGUGUGGGCGUUCCAUGUAAAGGUCACGGAGCAUGAAUUAGGAAGUGAGCAUCGUUCGACAAUCUCGAGCAUGAUUAAUCUAGCUCAAGCGUUAAGGAACCUCAGUAAGCCCCAGCAAGCGGACGCGAUUUAUCAGCGUACGUCUGAGUCAACGGAGAAGAAGCUGGGAAAAGAUCCUCCCUCAACACUGGAACAACUGAAUGGUUUGGCCGUUGCGUUAGCUGGUCAAGGGAAGUAUGAGCAGGCAGAGGAGAUUCAUCGACGGAUACUAGGGUCGAUGGAGAGAGAUCUAGGGAAAGAGCAUCCCUCUGCACGGACAGUUAGAUAUAACCUAGCUGGGAUGCUACGCGAUCAAGGGAAGAAGAGCUAG